UGCUGGACUCCCCGCGGGAUCUCCUCAUUAGAUCAGAUUAAUCAGAUCCACAAAAAGGAAUCCGACCCGUGAACGACCUGAUCUGUGCUCGGUGGAUCCGGAUCCUGUUGAAGAUUAAAGCGGAAGUGUGGAACAGACCCAACAUGGACACAUCGAAGAGCCAAUGGGAGCAGGGCAGGACCCCGCCCUGGCUCACCGAAUUGGCUGAUGGCAGGAGUCCCGCCUCAUCUGGGGCGGAGUCAGACACGGAGGGGAGCAGUACUGACAGUGAGGAGACUCUGACCAGGCGAGGGGGCGUGGACUCCACAGAUCUCACCACACAGCAGCGAAUCACAGAGCUCGAUCAACAGAGGGAGGAGCUUAAGAUAGAGCUGCAGUUGGAGAUUGCGUUGUUGCAGGGUGAGCUGCAGAUGGAGAGAGAGCGACUGUAUAAACACACGGGGCAGCUGCAGGCGCUACAGGAGGCCAAACACAAACACAUCAGCAACACACAACAGGAGCGAUUACAGUUGGAGAGUGAGAGGAGGAGGGUGGAGGAGAUGAAGAUCAGAUUAUUGGAGAAAGAGAAUCUCACACAGAGAGGAAACACGGUCACACACCUGAAAAUACAACAGGAGAAGGAGCGGGUGGACAGUGCUGGGAGGGCGUUUGAGGAUUGGGAGUUCCGGGUGUUGGAGAGGGAGAGCGCUCUGGAGGAGGAGAAACUGGACAGAGAGACGGAGAGAGAAAUGAAACGGAAACAACACGCUGUUCAUUCUGCACAGGAGCGAGUGCAGCAGCUGGAGCUUCAGUUAAAGGAGAUGGAGAGAGAGAGAGAGAGAGAGAUGAGCUCUCUCACACAGGAGAGGAGAGUGCUGCUUCAUCUAACACACAGGAGUUUAAAAGAGAACAAGCCCGUCUCUGAUUGGUGCAGCAUCACUGGUCCCGCCUCCAGUAUGACAUCACAGUCACUGCUGGGUCCCCGCAAAUCAGCACAGGAUUUGAAGGACGGAUCCAGUUUAGCACGGAGACGCAGCUCACACCGAAAGGGCCCCGAGCGGCCGGCGUCAGUACAAGGACUGUGCAGGAUGGUGCCGGACAGGUCGAGUCCUAACACACCUCCACUUAAACACACCAAACACAGACUCAGUAACGGAAACGCUAACAGCAGCGCUAAUGCUAACGGCUUCAUCACGCCAACCAACAGCAGCUGCAACUCUCGAACCGCCGGUCCCAGUCUGCGUCUGAUGGACCUGGUGGAGAUGGAGAGGAAGUUACGUCAGGCAAGAGCUGAGAGAGAGCGUCUCCUGCGAGAGAGGGAGGAGAGGGAGCGUCUCUUCAUAGAGAACAAACAGAAGGAACCAGAGAAUUCAAACACACAAUCACACAAACACACACACAAACACACACAAUUAAAGACUCAAACACACACAACUACACACACAACUACACAUACCACUACAAACUCACACAUAAACACUCAUUCACACCCAGGGAAGGAACACACAGAAGGUCCAGCUCACAGCUCACCAGAGCACGGCGUCCCGUUGUUCCUGACGGUGAACUUUGACCUCCUGGCUCACGUGGCGUCUCUAGGUCACUGUGUUCCGAGGUGUUCGGGUGUUCGUGUGUCUCCACGGCGAUGUUGUGGUUUCCUGACAAAGCGAGGCGGGCGAGUAAAGACCUGGAAGAGGAGAUGGUUCCUCUUUGACAUGGACCAUCGCAGACUGGCGUAUUACACUGAUCAGGAUGAGAGGAAGCUGAAGGGCGUUAUCUACUUCCAGGCCAUAGAGGAAGUGUAUUACGAUCACCUCCGCACUGCGACCACGUCUCCUCGGCCGAGUUUGACGUUCUGUGUGAAGACGUACGAGCGUUUGUUCUUCCUCGUGGCUCCGAGCGCCGAGAGCAUGAGGAUCUGGAUGGACGUGAUCGUAACGGCGACUGACGAACACUGCAGGUACUGACCCCCCACUGACCCCCCACUGACCCACUGCCAACCCACCACCGACCAGAGACUCGAACCAACAACCAGACGCCACCGCCAAAACAGGAAAUGAGGAGGAAAUUUGGAUGAGAGGGGUGGAGUCUGUAAUAAUUAAAACGUAAUAAUAACACUGAUAACAUGGUCAGGGUCCACUUACUUCUGGCCCUACAGUGUGUUUAUAAAGAAUAAUAAUGAUGUGUGUAUAAAUGACACGGCCGCUGAAGUGUUUAUUAAUAAACAUAAAAACAUUAUAAACCUUUAUAAUCUGAUCAUCAGGAUUCAGGAUAAUAUGAUUCAUUAUUAUUUAUUAAAGGUUAGAAGGUUAUUUUAUAUUUUUGUAUUUUUGGAUGUAAGAGAAACUUUUUUCACUUGGAAACUUUUAUUUUGGUAAGAAAAUUAUUAUAAUGUUUAAAAUAAUAAAUAAUCAUUAGAAUAAUAAAAGA